CAUAUCACUACAUUUGUCUUAACCAUACAAAACCUGCCUUUUGCCAGUUUUUAUUUACGGACUGUGGACGUUAUAAAUUUGUUAAAGGUGCAUCUAUUAUUGGUUAACGCGCAAAAGUAAUUAAAGAAUCGAAUUUGGUACAGGCGUUUACGUACAGUUCGUUUUCGAACGAGCUUUUUGCGACGCGUUUUGCAAUAAGUUUUUUUAACCCGUUUUUGUACACUUAUCUAUUUAUUUAUUUGUCUCUUGUCCUUUAGUUGUUUUUUAUCUCUUCGUUUCUCUCUGUUUUUUCUCUAUCAUGUCGUUCGUUCUCAAAGACUGGAGUUCUCGCUUUUCAGACUCGUUCAAGGAACGUGCUGUGUCGUUGCUUUCAAGCACUUUAAACAAGGGAAGCACACAUUCUAUGAUUGCCGAUCGGAUUACGGUCAAGGAGUUAAACAUGGGCACAAUUCCCCCCGAUUUGGAAAUACUUGAAAUAGGGGACUUGGCUUCAGAUCGGUUUCAGGGCCUUUUCAAUUUGCAUUAUGCUGGUGAUGCGUACCUCGUGCUUCAGACGAAAGUGCAGGCAAACCCCUUGUCCGUAAAACAGACACCUUUCCCUGGUCUUACCAGUCGGCGUGAUAUGCUUGCUGCUCGUGCGCCGUUGACGGUGCCCAUGUACCUUCGGUUGUCCGAAAUCAAAUUAAAUGGAAUUGUAGUCCUUGUAUUUUCGAGACAAAAAGGCGUCACAAUGGUAUUUCGUAAUGAUCCGUUGGAGUCGUUGAAGGUUUCGUCUUCAUUCGAUUCAAUUCCUGCCAUUGCUAGGUUUCUCAAACGGGAAAUUGAGGUGCAGUUAACGUCGCUGUUCCAGGAAGAGCUGCCGGCCAUUAUAUACAAAUUGUCUCGGUAUUGGUGUGCUCACAUGGAGUCCCCCUUCAGCAUGUCCUCUGUGAUUUCUCGACCGCCAUCCCAGCAGCGUGUUUCUCGUUCUGUUCCGGAUGUAAUCGAAACACCGCCUGACUACAACGAGUCGACAAAGCUUGACACGAACUCACCUGUUAAAAUUGGACCACUUUCCACGACAACUCAUCCGAAUCUCCUGGCAAUCGCUUCCCUGGUCACGUCUCGUAGAAGUCUUGCCCCCAACGCUUCUCCAUGCAUACCCAUGGCCGUUUACCGUUCUUCAAAUCUUGAUACCCUGAACAGCCAGAUAGUCCAAACGGAGGACGGUGCAUUACCGGCAUCACAAUCUCCCACAUUGCAGUUUUCCCGCUUGGAGAACUCCAAUGAAUCCAAAUUUCCGACUCCGAAAAAUGCCAGCGCUACUCCCGCUGCCUCCAUCUUUGGUCAUUCUGAUUCUUCUAAACGGCGUCGUGAGCGGAAAAAGAAGCAUCAUUUUGUUAAAGUAUUCAAUAGGGCUUCUGGAGAAAAACAUAAAGAGAAGGAAACCAAACAGGAUGUUAUAGAAAGUGCUGAUAUCAAAAUCUCUACUCCUGCAAAUGAAUUAUCGAAGAUAAAAGAUAAAAUCAUUAGUAAACAAGGGCAAGAACAAUUUGCAAAGUCCUUGAGCCGGAAAGCUGCUUUGGACUUAGCGAUGUUUUCGCAUCGGGACUGUGCACCCUUUGCGAUAAAGUUGAAUGGACUGCAAUGGUACAUUCACUCAAAAGUUAUGCUGUAAAUGCAAAAAAAAAUACGUCUGUCCUGUUCAUGAUUAUCACCAGACCAUUAUUUAAACGCAUCUGCAUUUUUACCGUCGUCUCCUCCCCAUUUGUUAUUAGGGGUAUGUAUAAUAUAACACAAUUUUUUCACCAAAUGCACACAUGCGAAUAUACUUUUAAACCUAAUGUAUUGUUGUUGCGAAGAAUACUGAUGUGCUAAUACUACCUGCUUAUGGUUGCCUCAGUGCUUGAAUUGCGCUAGUGAUAAAAAUGCCGUGGUGAAUAAUUGAGAAUGUGACCAGUGUUAUAAACGUAGAGAUCUUGUCUUCUCUGCGAUGCGUGGUAUUCUGUUUCUUGUCAGUUAGAACAUAAUGUUUAUGAUUUGCGCGUUUUCUCCAAGUAUGGAUUUCCGACCAUGACGACCGUAGUUUUGAGGACGAUUUUGUGCGCGUAAAUCAGUGUAUGCAUCGGGAGCGCUUGGAUCAAUAUCACGCUCGUUGUUCACGGGGUUGUUCCGCAUAUUUUGAUCGAAGGAUACGGUAUUUGCAUUUUCGUUUGAAAAUGUGUUCAUGGUCGCACUGUCCCACGGGCUUGGAAAAGGGACGUUCAUGAAGCUAUUGCUUUUAAAAAUGUGUUCCUCGCUUAGAGCAACAUUCUCAAUCUCUGGCUUCAGUGACCAUUCCUCCUCAAACUUCUUUUGGACUUCAAUAGACUGAGGUUCAACAAGGCGGAUCUGAACAGUCUGAAAGUCAUUGUAUGCGUUUAGUGUGUUUGCUGCAGUUUCGGUGUCCAUAAGUCCUUUCUGUAGGAAAUAUGGGAUAAGUUCGUCCGAAUUUCGGAUUGACUUCGUGUCAUAUAUCACUUUAAGCCAAUUCGCUGCCGCCUCUUGAAUGUCAAUUUCUUCUUCCAUAAAGGGCAAUCUAGGUCUGUAGCUUUUCACCGUUAAUUCUUCCGAUGAUAAUUUAAGUUGGUAAUAAUGUGCGCCAACAUGUACAGUAAAUCCAUGAUUAGCAACAACGCUAGUAAUGUCCGAUGGAUCAAUCAUGUAAAGUAUAGGAAGGCCAAUUUUGCUGUCGGCAAAUUCAGCAAUGCCUUCAUAACCGGACAUCGUAUUGUAUUGGUAAUACAGAUAGUCUCCAAGCUUUUGCCAAAUAAACUGCGUUGUCACAGAAUCGAAAAACGAGCUUAAAUAACAAUGGGAAACAAGUUUAGACACAGUAAAUACAGUAUCUUUUUCCCAGACGCGUCUGUCUGCAUCAGCACA